AUGUCCAUUUUUCCCAUCAAGCCAAACUACAUUAAAAAUUUUCAAGUCUCAAAUCUUCUCUCCAUUUGAUCAGAAAUCCCAAAACAGAUCCCCGAUUAGAAACCCGGUAGAAGACAAAGAUGAGCGUCAUCGAACUUCUGACGGGAGUCGAGGCUAUCUGCAACAAGUACGACUGAUACGACAUCGACAAGUAGAAGGACUCUAACAUCUCCGACAACGAUGUCUUCGCUCGCCUCGAUCUACUCCAUCGUUGAAUCAGACAUUGAAGUUGUUCUUCAGCUUCCGAUCAUUGAGAUUAAUCUGCAAUUCAUAACAUUUACGCAUGUUACUAUGGAGUCCAAUAAGUACGAAUGUGUUCGGGCGCAGAAUAGUAUUGUGAUUAUUGAUAUGAGUGUGCCGAAUCAAUGCUCACUCUGUACUUAUGAAUCCAAACUCCCAAAUCCUUGCUUUGAAAGCUCAAGUGCAGGGAACUAAUUAGGACCACCUUAAAAAUGUUGACAUUGAGAUGAAAGCAAAACUGAAAUCACACCUUAUGCUUGAGCAUGUAGGUGGCCGAUGUCUUCUGCAGCAACAUGUGCACUACUUCCCCUUGUGCUCCUUCUUGGUAGCUUUGUCUCAACAUCAACAACAUCACCAGCAGCAUCUGGGUUGCCCAGGUCUACAGUCUUCUUCAGCAACAGGCGCACUAAUUGUCCUCCUGCUUUUUUUUUUGUUCUUUCUUUGUCUUACCAUCAACAUUACAAGCAAUAGUAGCAACAUCUAGCUGAUCCCACACAUCUUCCUCCCGGCUCAAAGGUAUAUGCUGAAUUCAAGUUGCGCUUUGGGAAUUGAGGUUUCUAUAAGCAUCGUAACUGGUUCAAUGUCUGCAACUAUGAAGAAGGUUCAGCAAAUUUCAGUUCACUUAAAAUUAUCAGACAGCCUGGAUUUUUUUGCUUGGUGAUACUUGCAUUUUUGAAGACAGAGUUACUGUCCGUGCAGUUGUUAAUGCUAUUUAAUCUUGUAAUUCUUGUUUAAUCUUCGUUACAGUGUAAUUUCAUGCCUUAAUCAAAUUGCAUUAUCAGAAUAAAGGGUUGCAGACUAUUGUCCAAUGUCCAUUUGACAAAGAUUAACAAAAGAUCUGAAAGCCUGAUUUUUCGGUUGAUGAUA